AUGCUUAAUGCUUCUCCUAAGUUGCAAAUCCUCAAACUCACCGACCUAGAUAUGUAUUCUAACAAAGGAAAUCGGAUAAGCCACAAAUGGACUCAGCCGAAAUGUGUACCAGAAUGUUUGUUGUUCCAUCUUGAGACAAUCAUUUGGAUAGGAUACGAAUGGCAACCAAAAGAUGAGAAAGAAGUGGCCACAUACAUCCUCAGAAACACAAGACGGCUGAAGAAAGCAACUUUCUCCACAAAACCCAUCGAACCCGGAAAGCUCAAUAAAUUGGAAAAGAGACGUAGGAUGCUCGACGAGUUGGCGACUGUGGACAAGGCUUCAAAUUCAUGUCAUUUUGUGUUUGAAUCCAUGUAA